GGGGCUGGGACAGGAUAGAUGGUUUGCUAACCAGCAGCUUCUCCUGGUGUGUUUUUUAUGAAUGGAGGCUGUGUCUGAAUGACAUCAUAGGCUGUUCACUCCACCCACUCUUUGGAGUCUCUUUGUAGUUUUCAGGUGUUUAAAUACCAGGCUUUUUAUGCAGUAGACUGUUGGGUUUGAGAUGGAAUUAUAGUGUGGAAGGCAGCUCAGCAUUCUGUUCUUGAAUUCAUUCCGUUUAUGAACUAAGAGAGCUCUGGACAGGUUUCCUUUCCAUCCUGAUGGUUUUCCAUUCAUGUGCUGGCCUUCUUCAGUUUGCUGUAAUCGCCUACCACAGGAUAAGCCAGUAGAAAAAGUAACACAGUGUCACUUAUCAAGUAUAACUCUCAGCUAAAACCUUUCCAGCAACUACACUGCUUUAUUGGACAAUAUCCUCACAUAGUUCUUCAAGAGAUGCCCUUGAUGUAAUCCCAUCCCGCUCAUACAACAGACACUGCAUAAUGGUAUUACUGGAUCUGCUUCAGACUACAGGGGCAGAAGAUAUGCUUGAGCAGGUUAAGGAUGGGGCAUUUCACAGAGGAAGUACAAGAUGAAGAUUUGAUGGUUGAAUAACAAAGGACUCGCAUGCCAGGACACUGCGGAGGGGUGCUGCAUUCCCUACUGAGGCUACCUCAUUGUGGUGGCUGAUGACUAUACCUGGGGGAAAAUGCAUCUAUGAAUGAUAAUUUAUUUCCGAGACAGGAGUGUUUGGCUGCAGAGAGGGGAUGACCAGCUUGAUGUUCUGCAGAUGUUGCUGCUUCACCACCAACAUAGCCUUGGUGGCUUGGCUUGUUCUGCUGAUUGUGGAAAACUGUGUACCCUGGAAGCAAGGCCUUCCCCGCCUCCGCCUCUCCUAUAAAGAUCUGCUGAGAUCAACCAGCUCCCACCAGUUAUUGGACUCGGAGGAUGACCUGGCAUUCCAGUCACUUCUGGUGGAUGAGAACAGGGCAUGGGUGAUGGCAGGUGCUAAGGACCACAUCUUCUUGCUGCACCUCGACAGCCCCAACAAGGUGCCUCAGAAGAUUUUCUGGCCAGCUGCUAGAGAGCAGAUGGAACACUGCAGACAGGCUGGGAAGAAUCCCGAGACAGAAUGUGCCAACUUCAUCCGCCUCCUCCAGCGAUUCAACAGCAGUCAUGUCUUUGCCUGUGGAACAGGCUCCUAUCAGCCCAUGUGUGCCUUCAUACAGCUCACAACUGGAGUAGAGGAAAAAGAGAUUCCAGCUAUGCAGCUGGUGACCCACUCCAUUGGAUCUGGGAGAGGCAAGUGUCCAUACAGCCCCCACGAGCCUUUCACAGCACUACUCAUAGAUGGGGAGUUUUAUUCCGGCACUUCCAUUGACUUCAUGGGUAGCAGCACCGCAAUCUUCAGGACUCGGCUUGACAGGGCUGAGCAGAAUUACAUCCGGACUGAACAGAACCAAGAUUUUUGGUUAAAUGAACCUGUCUUUGUUGGUGCCUAUGCUAUUCCUGACACCUACAACAAUGAUGAUGAUAAAGUGUACUUUUUUUUCCGGGAGACUGCUGUGGAAGCUGGACAGUGGGAAAGAAAGCACCUCUAUGCCCGGGUGGCUCGUGUCUGCAAGAAUGAUGUUGGUGGAAAGCACAGCCUCAUCAAUCGUUGGAGCACAUUUCUUAAAGCUCGACUGGUCUGCUCUAUCCCAGGUCCACAGGGCACCGAAACUCAUUUUGAUGAUCUGGAAGAUGUCUUCCUCCUUCACACCCGCAAUUUGCAGAACCCCCUUGUUUAUGGUCUCUUCACAGUGUCCAGUGGCAUUUUUAGUGGCUCUGCUGUGUGUGUCUACUCCCUGGCAGCUAUUCGAGCUGCUUUCAAUGGGCCCUUUGCACAUAAGGAAGGCUCAGAUUACCAAUGGGUGGAAUACAAGGGACGGAUCCCCUACCCACGCCCUGGAACAUGUCCCAGUGAAACAUAUGACCCACUCCUCCAGUCAACCAAGGACUUUCCUGAUGAUGUGAUCAGCUUCAUGCGCACCCAUCAUCUGAUGUGGGACCCCGUCUAUCCCCUGCACGGGAAACCAGUUCUGAUGAGAGUCAGUGUGCCCUUCCGGAUCCAGCAGCUUUUGGUGGACAGGGUAGAGACAGAGGCCGGGCAUGUUGAUGUUCUCUUCCUUGGAACAGAUGAAGGCAAAGUGCUGAAGGUGGGGAUUGCUGGCAUAGGAGGCCAAGACCCUCAGGAGAUUAGCCUGGAAGAGAUCACCGUUUCAAAGAUGCCUGCAGCCAUCCUAGAUAUGCAAUUUUCUCUAAAGAGGCAGGAGGUCUUGGUGAGCAGCACUCAUGGCCUGAUCCAGUUCUCCCUGUAUCGCUGUGAGCUCUAUGGCAAGGCCUGUGUCGACUGCUGCCUUGCUAGAGAUCCCUACUGCACCUGGGAUGGAAAGUCCUGCCGGCCCUCCAUCCUCACCAAAAAAAGGCGAGCACAGUGCAAAAACGUACUGAAGGGCAAUCUGAUCAGCCAGUGCCAAGAGGCUGCAAAAGGGAUGCCUAUGGUUGAAGAAAAGGUGAUAUUUGGGGUACAGAACAACUCUACAUUUCUUGAAUGCCUUCCACAUUCUCCCCAGACCACCAUCCGUUGGCUUGUGCAGCACAGCAAUACAGCAGUCCUGGAAGAGAUUGGGAGUGUGGGCCGCUUCUCAGUCCUAGAGCAAGGGCUUCUAAUUAAUCAGCUGACCCAAGAGGAUGCUGGGAUCUACCAGUGCCGAGGAAUGGAAGGCACCUUUUCUCAAAUUAUUAUCCAUUACAGUCUGCGCAUCAUUGGAAACCAGGCCAUGGAGGCUUUAACCGCCAGGCUUAGCAAGAGUUCAGAGGAAGGAGGAAGUCGCCACAGCACAGCCCCCAUGUUAGAGCUGCCAUUUCAUUACAAAGGCUACUCAUGGGCCCUGGGAGCACCUGGUGCCAACCUGGACGAGUUCUGCAAUGCUCUCCAGCAGAGGAAGAGGCAGCGGCAAAAGGUCUGGAAUGAGAAGUGGCAGCAGCAUCCCUCGGAAAGCAAGAAAGGCAGAGUGCGUAGGCAGCCUUGACUCCUAUAGCCAAGUAGUGAUGGCUUCUUCAUCUAGACUGCCGGUGGAUGCAAGAUGCACAGCUGAACUAGCCAGGCACAGAUUCUGGGCCCUUUCAACAAGUCUGUAUGCUAGGGCCUCCAGGUUCUUCCUGGUACAAAGCUCAAGAGAAACCGGUUUGCCCUGCUCCUCAAGAUGCUGCUCUGGAUUUUGCCACAUCUCUCACCUUGGGUACCUGAGAAAAGUAUAGACUAUCCAAGUGGAUAGAAAGCCCAACACUGCUGCCUAAUUAAUCUAGUGGAAUUCCAUUCCCAAGUUCAGGCCAGACAGACUGAUUUGUCUGGUCUGCUUUGCAGUGAGACCAUUGCGCGCUACAGAUUGCACAAGUGAACGGUUAGCUCAUUACACAUACUAUGAAAUACUCUUUUUGUACAAUUAAGUGCUUUCCACUUUGAUUUCCUAAUAAAGGGUGUCAGAAAUUUCUCCUUUCUGACAGGCCUUUUAUAGGCCAUUUGCAAUAUAGAA